AUGCUGGCUCUCCGACUCUGCACUGUCGUCAGUGCCUUUCUCCUCUUCUUUUAUAAAGUUGAUGGGAGCGAUGCGGGUGACCCUGAAGAGCCAGAAGUAACAAAAACGAUAACAUAUGCUGUCAAACUGGGAGAAGAUGGCACAUGCCUCUCCGAGAUCAACGCUGCUCGUAAGAAAGCCGGCUUCAAUGAUUUCGUAAUACCUCAAGCGGGGACGAAGGACAAAAGACUGCCUGACAAAGAAAAGCCAGAUGCCGAUAAGUAUAACGAAUGGGUCUGGAAGCCCGUUUGCGCAGCCUUGAUUAAAGAGGAAGCAGGAGAAGGGAGAGCUGAUGAAGUUUCUAACACCUUCGGGAGCGGCACAUACGCAUACCAUGCUGUCGAUGAUGCUGGUGCCCCGAACUGCACCGCCGUAGUGGAUCACUGGAAGAAAGCCUACAGCAACUUCAGUGGAAUGCCUCCAUCGAGAAAGGAUGGAGAUACAGUGUACUCCAACCAGGACAAUGUCUCUCUCGUUGCCAUGUACAACCCUUCAGAUGAUGCCACUGCCGACUGCCGAAUCGUCACCUGCACUAAAACAACCAAGACAUCUACUACUACCCCAGAGAGACAGGCCGAUCAAGAAGUUGAAACAGAGACAAAAGAAGGCUCUGCUUUGAUUUGCAUGACGACGCCUGACGUUCUUCCAGCGAAAAAUGGAACUGCUCCAUUCACAGAGGAGCAGUGGGGCCGAAUCGUCAACGCCAUUGAAAAUUCCGCUUCGGCUCUCUUACCCGGUCUUCUCAGCCUUGCUGCAGUAGCGCUUGGCCUCGUGGCGACGAUGUGA